ACCGGCCGCCCGGAGAGGUUGGCAGCGAUGUGAGCUGGACGCCCGCCCCGAAGGAGUCUGGACCGAACGUCCCCGGAGAGUCGCCGGCCGUGCCAGGAAGUCAACUUCAGGCAGACGGACUUGAAUCGGGAUCUCAUUUGAGAAGCAUAAGAGUCCAGUAAACGUCAUUCGUUAAUUUUUAUUUGGAAAAUCCUGAAGUUCCGGUGGCUUUAUCAUCCUGUACUUCACUUUCUGAAAACCUGGCAAUCCCAUGUGGACUUCUGGUAGAAUGAGCAAUGCAAAGAGCUGGCUGGGACUUGGCAUGUCCUUGUGUUUCUGGGGAUUGAUGGACCUUACGACCCCCGUCCUCUCCAGCACGCCAACACCGCCAGGCAAGUUAGAAGCACUCCUGUCAGACAAGCCACAGUCACACUCGCGGACAAAGAGGAGCUGGGUUUGGAAUCAGUUUUUUGUUCUGGAAGAGUACACUGGAACCGACCCUUUGUAUGUCGGCAAGCUCCAUUCGGACAUGGACAGGGGGGACGGAUCCAUCAAAUACAUCCUCUCAGGAGAAGGUGCAGGCGUCGUGUUCACCAUCGACGACACCACUGGAGACAUCCACGCCAUUCAGAGGCUUGAUCGAGAGGAAAGGGCCCAGUACACUCUACGGGCUCAAGCCCUGGACAGGCGGACAGGGAGGCCGAUGGAGCCAGAGUCUGAGUUCAUCAUCAAAAUUCAAGACAUCAAUGACAAUGAGCCCAAGUUCCUGGAUGGACCUUAUGUCGCCACUGUGCCAGAAAUGUCACCAGUGGGGACCUCUGUUAUCCAGGUGACAGCCACAGAUGCUGAUGAUCCAACCUACGGCAACAGUGCCCGGGUGGUGUACAGCAUUCUCCAGGGCCAGCCAUACUUUUCUGUGGACUCCAAAACAGGUGUCAUUAGGACAGCUCUCAUGAACAUGGACCGAGAAGCCAAAGAAUACUACGAAGUGAUUAUCCAAGCCAAGGACAUGGGAGGGCAGCUUGGAGGGCUAGCUGGCACCACGACGGUCAACAUCACCCUCUCAGAUGUCAAUGACAACCCACCUCGCUUUCCCCAGAAGCACUAUCAGAUGAGCGUGCUGGAAUCGGCUCCAGUCAGCUCCACCGUGGGCAGGGUGUUUGCCAAGGACUUGGACGAAGGGAUCAACGCAGAGAUGAAAUACACCAUUGUGGACGGAGACGGUGCCGAUGCCUUCGACAUUAACACAGAUCCCAACUUCCAGGUUGGCAUCAUAACUGUGAAGAAGCCCCUGAGUUUUGAAAGCAAGAAAAGUUACACCUUGAAAGUGGAAGGAGCCAAUCCUCACCUAGAGAUGCGUUUUCUGAACCUAGGCCCAUUUCAGGACACGACAACAGUGCACAUCAGUGUGGAAGAUGUGGACGAGCCCCCCAUAUUUGAACCUGGCUUUUACUUUGUGGAGGUUCCUGAGGAUGUGGCCAUCGGAACAACCAUACAGAUCAUUUCUGCCAAGGACCCAGAUGUGACCAACAACUCAAUCAGAUAUUCCAUUGACAGAAGCAGUGACCCCGGAAGAUUCUUCUAUGUCGACAUUACAACAGGUGCCCUAAUGACUGCAAGACCCCUUGAUCGCGAGGAGUUUUCUUGGCAUAAUAUCACAGUGCUUGCCAUGGAAAUGAACAAUCCUUCCCAGGUUGGAAGUGUUUCGGUCACAAUCAAAGUCCUAGAUGUGAAUGACAAUGCUCCAGAAUUCCCCAGAUUCUAUGAAGCUUUUGUAUGUGAAAACGCCAAAGCAGGGCAGGUAAGGCAGUCUGUGUGGUGUGCCCGUUCUUCAGAAAGCGCAGGAGCAGUUGGUGACUGCAUUUCAGAGACAGAAAAGAAAACAGCAAAAGGCGCGAAUCCCAGCCAAAGUGGCAAAAAUAAGCAGUCUGCCACAGCCAAGGAGGCUCGUCAGCACUCCUUUCCGGGAGGCACAGAGCAGCCCCCUGGCCUUGGAAAGCUGCUGAGCGAGAACAGGGACCACAAGUGGCCAGUGACUGCCUCAGGGUUUUGCCUAGAAGCAAGGUCCCUGAAUUCAAAUGCCCAUCUAGACAAACCAGAAGUGGCUGUCACUAAAUGCCUCCAGGGAAUGUAUGACCACCCCCAGCUGGCCAUCCCCCCUCCCAGCCCUGCCCCCCUGCUUUCCUCAGUCCGAGAAAUUAAUUCCCGCGUUGGUUCUGCCAGUUUCUUGCUCUCCCGGUUCUCAAUCCUGGAAUCCCUGUCGUCUGCAGAUAACACUGCCCGGGUCCUCACCAGGCGGUCGGGCUUCCGGCAGCAGGAACAGAGCGUCUUCUUCCUGCCCAUCCUGAUGGCGGACAGCGGGCAGCCGGCGCUGAGCAGCACGGGCACGCUGACCAUCCAGGUGUGCAGCUGUGACGACGACGGCCACGUGCUGUCCUGCAGCCCUGAGGCCUACAUGCUCCCGGUCAGCCUGAGCCGGGGCGCCCUCAUCGCCAUCCUGGCCUGCAUCUUUGUCCUCCUGGUGCUGGUGCUGCUCAUUCUGUCCAUGCGGAGGCACCGGAAACAGCCGUACAUCAUCGACGACGAGGAGAACAUCCACGAGAACAUCGUCCGCUACGACGACGAGGGCGGCGGCGAGGAGGACACCGAGGCCUUCGACAUCGCGGCCAUGUGGAACCCGCGGGAGGCGCAGGGGGGAGGCGCCCCCAAGACGCGGCAGGACAUGCUGCCCGAGAUCGAGAGCCUCUCCCGCUACGUGCCUCAGACGUGCGCCGUGAGCAGCACGGUCCACAGCUACGUGCUGGCCAAGCUCUACGAGGCCGACAUGGACCUGUGGGCCCCGCCCUUCGACUCCCUCCAGACGUACAUGUUCGAGGGGGACGGCUCUGUGGCCGGGUCGCUGAGCUCCCUGCAGUCGGCCACUUCGGACUCGGAGCAGAGCUUCGACUUCCUGACGGACUGGGGGCCCCGCUUCCGGAAGCUGGCGGAGCUCUACGGGGCGUCGGAGGGGCCGGCGCCCCUGUGGUGACGGAAGCCGGGAGGCGGGCGCGCGUCCAAACCUAGACGUUCUCGGUGGACGCUCGCCGUGCGCGCAGCCAACCCCACGAGCAAUACUGUGCCGGAGAGCGAGAAGGGGGUGAGCGGCGAAGGGGACUCUCUCUGGAUCAGCUUUACUUGGUUACAUUAAGUUCUCAACAGGAAACACAGGAAGAGGGGGGCAGUAACUCCAAUUACUUUUCUUUUCUUUGUCCUUUUUUCUUUUGAAUUUUUGCGACCCUGGGUGCAAGGGCUUGGAGCCCAAGGUUAGGUUAUGGCGGGCCUUGGUCCCUUGGCCACCCGCUAAGAAUUUCUGGUCUUACAUACACAGGUGGCGACUGAAAGAAAGUUUGACUCUUGUAUCCUUUUCUUUCUCUAUUUUCCUUUUUUUUUUUUAAUCUUACUUUAUUUUCCAUGUAAGAGUUUUGCUGGCUCAUCAAACCGCACAAACCAACCCACACAAAAGAACACUGAAAAAUUGUUAUUCGGUGAAAUUAACCUACUUGUCCUGGGAUGGAUGGAAUGUCUUCGAACCCUUUUGAGACAAGGUUAAGGCGAAUCGGCCUUGCAUGAUGGGUGGGUGGGGGAUGGGAGAAGAAGAGGCAUUGACUUUGUGCUCAAGUUUAAAGGCUGAACCAAGAGUUGUUGGCAUUAGGAUGACUCCAACUCCAUCAAGUUAGAGUGCCCUGUUUCCUCGGCUCUUUAACUGUGCCCCUGCAAAAUUGUUCAGAAUGAAACCAGAAAAUCUGCCUCUUUUGCACUGUAGAUGUCUCUUCCAUGUGCCAAAUGUGAAGAUUAGAUGCUACAAAUGAAAGCCAAAUAAAAAGAAGUAUCUGAUAAAAGCAUGGGUUAGAGGGCUUUCCUAAUCUGUGUGAGGUCAAUCCAAGGGAUGUUUACAUACUGUAGAUAACCUACUUGAACAAAAAUCAGUAUUAUAGAAAAUAAAUGGAUGUAAGAAAAUUACAUGUAUAAGUUUUGUAUAUUUGUUAAUAAUUUUGGUAAUAAAUAUGAUGUACUGCAUCUCAGUACCCUAGCACUUCUUUUAAUAAAAGCUAAAUA